GAAGCCUAUUGGGAGAGAGAGAGAGAGAGAGAGAGAGAGAGAGAUGAAUGACUGCAAAAACAAUGCGCAGCUUUGAGCUCCUUUAGAUGACAUCAAUGCGGAAGUGUGCUGCUUGAGUUUAAACCAGUAGAGAGGAGCAGGGAUGGCGGAGAGGGGCGGCCCGGCGGCCCGGGCGGUGCUUCAGCAGUGUCUGCAGGCCAGACUCCAGGUGAAACCUGCAGAGGAAGAGGCCGAGGCUCAGUUCGUCCAGAUCGAGAGAGGCAUGGUGAUCUACAUCUGCUUCUUUAAAGGAGCCACAGACGACCUCCUGCCCAAGAUGGCCUCCACGCUGUUGAACCUGCGGCUCUGCGAGUCCGACUCGGGGAAGAUGGUCUCGGUCUCGGAGCUCCCCGGCGACCUGCUGAUUGUCCCUCAGGCCACGCUGGGUGGGAAGGCCAAAGGUCGAGCCCUGCAGUACCACGACAACAUCGGCAAGGAGGACGGCCUGCGGCUCUACGCCGCCUUCGUGUCUCUGUGCGAGGAGCGGCUGGCGGCCGCUUCAGUGAAGCACGGCACGUACGGAAACAGACAGGUGCUGAAGCUCGACACCAACGGGCCGUACACGCAUCUCGUGGACUUCUGAGGAGGGACGCUCUGCCGCGGUCACCAUGGAGACCAACGUCCGACAGCAAAGCCACACACAGACAUUAAAAGUUGAUUUCCCAAUGAUUCGGAGUCUUAAAAAUCUGUUCGUGACCCCACAAAAUGUUUUAAAAACUCCACAGAAGAAGAAGAAGAAGAACAGCAGCUGCUUCCCGUUCGGGGACAUCUGUCACAUGGUCGAGGGGGGACGGAGGUCGGGGACUGUUGUGAAGGCCACUCUUGGUCCUCCAGCAUACCGCUCUAUUUAACAGAAGGUCUCCCCAUGAGUAUCCACGCGAACACGGGAGGUUAAAAAAAACAUUGCAUGAUUUCAGAACAUUAUGAACUGAAACAGAAAUGUAGGAUUCACUAAGUCAGAGAGGAAAAAUGUCAUUUAGUGGAUUCACUCGAGCCCUUCACUUUGAAUUUGACGUUAAUUUUAUGCUACUUUGUACUUCUACUCCACUUUGAUCUCUUUUUUACAGCAUUUGAUUCAUAUGACAGCUCGACUUCCAGACAAAAACUGAUGAAAUCUGCAAUAAUAAUAAUAAAAACACUUGCAGGGUUUUAUUUUAUUUACUUGUUCAUUAUUCUUUUACUAUCUUGAGUGUAUAUAAAUGAUCAUAGUUCAAUA